AUGGCUGAAGGUCUUAAAGUUGAUCCCGCUAUCGAGCGUUGGGCUUCUCUUCGUGAAAACACCCAUCUUUACUUCAAAUGGAACCAAAGAAAUGUUAGACGCUCAUUAUUCUGGGGUAUUGCAAUUCCUGUUGGCCUCACUGUUCUCGCUUAUGGCACAGACCGUAAAUGGGACUUUGCAGCUGCUCAAACCGCUCAAGAUUUAACUCCUGAAAAGAAAUAG